UCCUUCUCCUUCUCCUCCUCCUCCUCCUCCUCCUCCUCCUCUUCCCUCCGCCCGGCCCGGCCCGGCCCGGCUCGGCUCGGCGCUGUGAUUGGGCGGAAGAUGGCGCUGGGCGGAUGGAAAUCCUAAUGACAGUCUCCAAAAUCGCCUCCAUCUGUACCAUGGGCGCCAAUGCCUCAGCUUUGGAGAAAGAGAUUGGUCCGGAACAAUUUCCAGUUAAUGAACACUAUUUUGGUUUGGUUAAUUUUGGGAAUACAUGCUACUGCAAUUCAGUUCUUCAGGCACUUUAUUUCUGUCGCCCAUUUCGAGACAAAGUCUUAGCAUACAAGAGUCAACCAAGAAAAAAAGAGAACCUCCUUACAUGCUUAGCUGAUCUCUUCCACAGUAUAGCCACCCAGAAGAAAAAAGUUGGAGUUAUUCCUCCCAAGAAAUUUAUAACAAGAUUACGAAAAGAAAAUGAGCUUUUUGAUAACUACAUGCAGCAGGAUGCACAUGAGUUCUUAAACUAUCUGUUAAAUACAAUUGCGGAUAUCUUGCAAGAGGAAAGAAAACAAGAGAAGCAAAAUGGUCGCCUACCCAAUGGCAACAUUGAUAAUGAAAAUAACAGCCCACCAGACCCAACCUGGGUUCAUGAAAUCUUUCAGGGAACAUUAACAAAUGAAACCAGAUGUCUUACAUGUGAAACUAUAAGCAGCAAAGAUGAAGACUUCUUAGACCUUUCAGUUGAUGUGGAGCAGAAUACUUCAAUCACUCAUUGUUUAAGGGGUUUCAGCAAUACAGAAACUCUGUGCAGUGAAUACAAAUAUUAUUGUGAAGAAUGUCGCAGUAAGCAAGAAGCACAUAAAAGGAUGAAAGUAAAAAAGCUGCCUAUGAUUCUAGCUCUCCAUUUGAAGAGAUUUAAAUACAUGGAUCAGCUGCAUCGAUACACAAAACUCUCUUAUAGAGUAGUUUUUCCUUUAGAGCUUCGUUUAUUUAACACCUCAGGAGAUGCCACCAAUCCUGACAGAAUGUAUGACCUUGUUGCUGUGGUAGUUCAUUGUGGAAGUGGCCCUAACAGAGGACAUUAUAUUGCGAUAGUGAAAAGUCAUGAUUUUUGGUUGCUUUUUGAUGAUGAUAUUGUUGAGAAAAUUGAUGCACAAGCUAUUGAAGAAUUCUACGGGUUGACAUCAGACAUCUCAAAGAAUUCUGAGUCUGGUUACAUCCUCUUCUAUCAGUCUCGGGAUUGAGGGGGAACUGUAGCGAAGAGAGAUUGUUCUGCCUCACUUCUCUAUCUUGGAAUGGAGCAAGCACUGAAGAAAAGCAGGAAGCUCCAGGGGUGUUAGCACAGUUUGCACACAACUAAGCAAAGAGUUUGGGAUUUUUAAAACCUUCAUAUCAUUACCAUUUUAUUUGCUCAGGUAUCAUGCUGACUACACGUCUCCACUGCAUCCCGUAAGCAAAAAAGAGAUACCAACCACUCCUGCAGGAGCUUUCCAUUAGGUAAUGCUGUUUCUGUGGUCCUAAUUCAAAGCCCAUUAAGGUCAAUGGAGAACCUUACAUGGACUUCAGUGGAAUUUGAAUCAGGUUCUAACUGCACUGCCAGACUGGUGCACUAGGAGCAUUAGAAAUCUGUAUUUUAUACAGACUUCACAUAUAAACAGUAAAGGACUCUUUGUGAACUUAGUUUCCUGUGCUUAAGUUUGAAAGAAUGAGGCUGGGAGGGUUAACAUGUAAGCAGGAAGAUAUAUCUGGGCCCAAUUGCCUUCUUGAUGGUAGUAGUUUAACUGAAGAUAUAAACUGGUGUCAGGGAGGCAAGUAUGUUUUGCUUCUCUGAAGAAGCUUACGUUAUUUAUAAUGUAUGAUCGGGAACAAUCAGUCAAGAUUAUGGCUUUUAAUCUCCGUAUGGGGAAAGGUUUGGUUUGUAAUAGUUUAUUUUUAUUUAUAAAUUAUUGUAACGUAGGGUCUUGUGUACUGACUGUCCUUUAUUCUAACAAGUAUUGAGAAUUUUAUAUAUUAAUUUGAAUUAAAACUAUGUUAAAUGUAAAGAAGAGCCAAUAUAAAUUCUAAAAACAACGUCUACAAUGUCUUAAAAAAUUAGUAACAUAGGAGAGAGAUUUCCUUCUGGAAGAACUGGUAUCUAAGUGAGGUACUUUAAUUAAAUUAGAAUAUCAUCUUUCCAUUAAUGGGUGAAAAAGUGAACAAAUAUUACACAGAAGACUUUUAAGAAUGCAUAUCAAAAGAAAAUGAUGGUGCAGUAGUGGUAUACCAGUCUUUAUAGUUCUUUAAUCAUUUAUUAAUGUCUUGUACUCUAAGCAAAUUAGAAUGACUUGGAUCAAAGUAAACUGUUUUCAGAAUAUCAUUCCCUUUCUUAAAAACAGAUCCACUUAUGUUACCAAUAACAUGGGUGACUGUCUCAAAAACCACUCAAGGUCUCAAGUAUUAAUUUUUCUAAGUAAUGAAAAGAAAUAAGCUUAAAAUUUCAUGAGACCGAAGAUACUACAUUCCUUUAAAAGUAGGAUGAAAAGUAGGGCUUUUCACUGAAACCAACUGUUUUACCCUGCUUUAGGUUUAUGAAACAGCAUUAAGAACUAACUCUUGACAAAAUACCUGAUCUGUAAUAAAUGUGAACUACUGCGAUCUGACAUUCUUCCAUUUAACAGUACUUUGUCUGACAGUAGCUGAAUGUAAUUUCUGGAAAGUCAGGGGAUAUGCGUUCCAGAUGAUGGCAAUCAGGUCUUGGAUGUCCUUGUCACCCCUCUUCAGCUAGUGAUUUUUAUUGUAGUUUUCUAAGGUUAUUUUAUUGAUACUGUUACAACUUUUGAAGAAUGUCUCCUGUCUGCUGCUAUAACUGACUAUUUACUUACCUGUAUCUUUUAGCUCAGGAAAUGACUUCACCUAUUCGCUCAGUUGAACAAAUCUUUAACAGGGUCACUAAAUAAAUUGGGCUAUUUAGCAACUGUCAUGCUGUAACAAAAUGCUUUUGUAAAAUGCAAAGUUUCUAAAGCCCUGGUUUGGCUUGAAUUCUUUUGUAUAAAAUUAUGUAUCAUGAUUAAACUACCAGCAUUGUAAAGUAAAGCUUAAAUAUUGUGGGAGAUGCAGAAAAUAUGAUUGGAUUCUUCUUAGGGGAUUCAAGUAAUUUUAACACCUUUUUUCAGCUUGCAGUGGGAAAAGGGUUAAGGAGUGAGCCAGUUGGUUAAUGGUGCAUGUUAGAAGGAUGAAGUCCUUUGCAUACUAAAGGUACAGUAUUGUAAAAGAACCGUCAUGUUACUUUUUGCUAAUGGACAAUUUUUUUGUUAUUUUUCUUUCUUUUUUUUUUUUUUUUGGAUGUAGUCAAAAUCUGAGACUAGUUGCUAAAUACUUUAUACCCUAACAAAAUUUAAAACAUUUUCAUUUUAUUCACUGGUUUUACUCCUGCCACAUAUUUUUAUAAUGCGCUUUCAUUUUAUGUAGGGUUUUUGAGAUAGUAUUCCAAAUUGUAUGUUUCAUUUUACUUUUAGUGCAGGUGAAAUAAUCAGAAGUUCUCAAUUAAACUAUUAUCAGAAACUGCAACUUCAUAAAAAAAAAAAAAAAAGAAAAGAGGCAGGGGAGUGCAAAAUAUGGCUGAUUGGUAUGUAAAGCAUUAUAGGAUUAUUUCUUGGCUGUAGUACAGAGGGGAGUAUGGGAAAGUCGUCAGUUGUUGUAAAUGGUGGAAAUGAUUUGCUGUGUAACUAUGUAAAUGUUAAUCGGGACUGCAGUCCCCUAUUUUGUAUAUUGGAGCAAAAAAAAACUUCUAUUAAAUAAAGUAUGUUCUUUAAAGGUAAGUACUGCAUCGUUUGCAGA